AUGUCAGCGUAUACGAAAGUUCAAUGCUCUCUCAAUCCUUCCCAGCGUAAGACGUAUCAUGAAAAGGGAUGCAUCGUAAGACCGUUCCGGCCCCAGCCAAUCGUCACGGAUUGGGGCAACCUUGCGCCGCUUGAGAGGUGCCGCUACCCGAGCCGACGGACCCGAAACUCCAUCGUAUGGUACUCCGCAUUCGAGCUUCUUUUCAAGUCUUUUGAAGUCCAGCUCAUCAGAUUCAAAAGGUUCUGUGUACUCUCUGCUCUCGAGUCCCCCGCUGCAUCUCGUCUCUCCGUGGAAGGCGCCCGCAGCUGGUCUGAUGGACCAAUGUCGUUCCUACUAGGCCGCCGUCGAUCCCAUUCGGAUCUGGAGUCAGACGAUGCAACCCUCAGAUUCGGACGUUCAUCGAUCUCCGAUCAGUCGCCAGCUACUCAUGACGCGACUCUAGGAUUCCUGCAUGGCUUGUUUCGGAGGCGCGGUGACAGUCUCUCUUCACCCUCCCAGGUCCACCACACCGAGUCGCGAAAUCCGCCAAGAGCUCAAUUAGAUCACGAGAACAGGAAGCCGAGAAGCCAUGAUAGCAGCUGUCACCACGGUUCAGGGCAGCCGAGAAGCCCAUCAAGCUCCGAGCCUCUAUCGGCCAAUAUCCACGGCGAGCCCAAACAACCGGGGAACAUCCAGGACUACCUCGAGUCGCGCCUGGAGGCUGCAACAAAGGUAGACGGCUCGAACGGGAGCACACGAGGCCCGGAUAUAUCAGUACUGACGAUAAAAGAUUACAAAGCGAUCUUUUCUGGAGCCCCCCAUUUCAUGCUCGAGAAAGGGAAAAACGGCAGAUAUUACCCAGAAGUUAUAUUCCCUUGGGAUCUGCACAACCCCUCCAUCCAGCGGUUAUUAGAUCGGAAGCUGCUAUCGCACCGCUCGUAUACUCUGUGUACCCUUCAUGCCCAUCUGCCGAUCCCUGAUGACUGGGCCGUCAAAGACGGCGUCCCGAUUCACUUGGAGAAUUUCCGCUGGACUGGGCGUACCAAGCGCGCCACAUUUGACAUCGGAGUUUUUGAGGUCCCCAAUAUGCUGGCGAGUAAUGGAAGAGAGCCAGGUACCGUGGGUCUGCGACAUUUUCUGGAGGUUCCGAUAGCAGAUGCCAUUCGAUAUCCGGGCCCGGGCAAGCCCCAUGCAGCACCCGGGCUGCAGCAGCUCUCUUCGCUCCCAGCAGUUGAAGCCUUUGACGUAGUGGAUACUUAUGACCGACCCUAUGCCCACUGCUCCAACGGCACUGUGUUCGAUCGACGUCAACUCAUUCGCGACGGGCCCACCGCAUGGAGACGGAUUGGAGUCCGUGAUAUCGACCUGCGGGUUCUGGUCCAGCGCAUCCACUAUAUCAAAGAACUACGAGAGCAGAUCCUGGCCGACGGAUCUACGCUGACACUGCUCGAUGCCGAGUCGCCUCGAGAGUUACACCAUUCCCUCCACGGCCACCUCAAGUCCCAGAUCAAGACGCUAGCAACCGUCUUAGCUACGCCUGGGGCGUGGAUCGAUUUCAGCCUUCCGGAAUGGCGUCUUCGGGCCGGGCAAAUACUGUGGGAGGCGCCGCCACAUCAGGACGGGGACGGUCCCAGUCAUGAAAAGAGCGAUGUCUCAACUCCAUCAUGGGUCAAUUCUGGCAUGGAACGAAAGUGGCUCCUGGUGCAGUUGGUGCUGGCAGCCGAGCUGAUUCUACGCCUCGACGCGUUCGUUCGUAAGGGCAUGUUACAUGACCCGCACGCGGGCCUGAUGACGGCCCAGGAGCUUCAACAAUUCGAUCAAUUACGCGAAGGGAAAGUGAACUGGGAUUUGAUUGUGGUACGGAGAUUUUUCAACAAUCUCCAGAUCCCUCAACCUGAGUUGACCGCUGAGCAGCCCGACUCUGGCAACAAAGCCCCAACGAAGCCCCAUCGAAUUUCUCUGCGGGAAAUUAUCAACCGACAUAUUUCCACAGGGCCAGCUCUGGGGUCUGCUUGGAGUUUCCAGAUUACUUCGUCGCCAUCACGGAUACAUCGGCAGCUGGAAGGGCUCUAUGUCUUCGCAGAAAACAUCGGUUGGCCCAAUGUUGACAUGCUCCACGAUACGCUGGAGAAGAAGCUGAGAAAGGGGCAGGAAUUGGCGUUACCAGACCUCAAUGAUAAUUCCUGGGCCAGAGGCCAGAACCAGUUCGUCCAGCACUCAGCUGUGCAAGGUGCGAAAGAUGAUAUGUACACUCGAAGUCCAUCACGCUGGUGUCUUCAGCUCUACAACCCGUGCGAAGCAAACGAUGACCCACACUUUUCUGAUCGAUUAGGCUGGAUCUCACGCAGCUGGCUGUCCGGAUUCGUGAUAGCUGGCGAAGGCAUCUGCCACCUGCUGAUGGGAACAAUUCUAGAAAACGAUGCCGACGCAAUCCAGCAACUCGGCGCGACGGCCAAUUUCUACGGGGGCUUCGUCUACAAGGGGCGCAGUUGGUGGAGCAAAGCAUGUAUUGUCGGUCGAGUCCUUUCUGCCCUGCAAGGCUCUAAAACGUGUAUGGGUUGGGUGGGCAGCGAUCUGGGUCCCUACGAGGCUACGGACCAGACGGCAUUGGGCCCGGGUUGGUUUGAAGUCCACACAGAGGACGUGCCAUCUGCAAGCCGGCACCCUCGUAUUAAGCACGGAGGAAAAGUGACCCUGGAGUCCUCACCGCUAGGCGUGGGUGACAUUACAGCGCAGUCAUUCUCGCUGCCGCUAGAUCCACAAGUGACUGCGCAGGCCCAGGUGGACGUGGGGAUGCUUACACUCAGUCUCGCCAACCCUGGCCAGCGUUGCAUCACCCUCGCCAACGAGGCCUGCCUCUCAUUUACGGUCCAGGACCCCGCGGCUGCGGAACAGGCGACUAUGAUCAGAUUCCCUCUCAGAUACAACGUGCGCUUUGUUUCCGCUCAUGAAUGCCGCCCACCACGUUGCUUCACGCCCCAACGCCAGGGUCCCGCAGUCUCUGAUAGCCACCCGCUGCAUCAGUCCUUCCCCUACAAGUUUGUGCCAGUCGCCAGGCUCUCUCCCAAUGACGCACGACCGGCCACUUCGUCGUCGCUGCACACAUCUCCCGAGGUAGUGGUUAUCGACGCGCGGGGUUGCCGCAGCAAGGAGGCAUUGGCCCGCGCAUGGUGCGCGACCGUCGGCGCACACAGUGUGAUCGGUCGAGUAGGCAGAACGUGUGUCGCGUGCUGUGUACGGGAGGCGCGAGCCAUUGGCGUUCAGGUCGUGAUUCGCGUAGGGGAUUAG